CACUUAAAUGCCAUCCAUUCGCACUGAACUACAAUGCAGCUUCUACUUUACUUACUAACAACAUCAACCAAGUGCUGAUCAUGUCUUGCUCUGCAUAGUGUUGACGUCCACCCAUGGCGUCAGCAAUCAAAAAGGGCGACGUCUCGGAGAAGACAGCAUUGAGAGGAAAAUCUAAAAAUGAGAGGACAGAGGAGCAGUGGUUUUGGAGUUCAUCUCCUUGCGCUGGUUCUUGGCACAUUCGUUGUGCUGCCCACUACGCUUGUGCACGCUAAAAAGAAUCGCCGCUCAGGGGACGCUUUUCUCCAACCCGUCUCAGCGGAUCCGUCCUUCAGUUCCACUGUCGCAGCAUCACCUUUAUGGGCUGUUUGUUUCAUCCCCCUACUAAUUCGCCAGCUCUUUGCAAUAGAGAUCGACUCGACCACAGGUAGUAGAAGUGUCAAAUUACAAUCAGGAAAUGGAUUAUGCUUAUGCAAGAUUUGGAUUACAAUCUCUAACAUCAUCAUCUUCGUCGUCAUCGUCGGCAGCGGUUGGUGAGUCCUUUUUGCCGGUGCCUUCUGCGACAUUAACUCAAGGGCCUGUUGCUCGCGAUCUUUCAGGAGGAACCUCAGUCGAGGUAGCAAUUUCACCUGAUGGGACGACGUUUAUCGAACAAGAGUUCGCUGCGAAGAGAACAAAUGAGGGAUCGCGUCAACAAGCUGGUGGACGUGUAGCACUAGGUUCGGAUGCCCUUCCCGUAAAUCGAAAAACAGGUGGCGGAGGAACACAUCGACCGGGCGUGGACGAGGCAGCGCCACCCCCUGGAAAACGUUACGGCUCUUAGUCUGUGAUACAUCGUUGCUUUUUUUCUCGACCGCCUCACUUGCUUAGCCCUCCGCUUGAAACUCUUUGUCGAUUCUCUGUUUCUAAUAUUAGAACGGGGCAGCACCGAGAUCACCACCUGCGCCAGGCGCUGGACUAGCAGACCAACCAGGACUGGUGGGCGAAGCAGGACCCGUAUCAGCAUCGCCACCUGUAGGUGAAGCGCUAUCACGAUCGCCAUCAUCAUCAUCAUCAUCACCACCGGCAUCAUCGUCCGAGUCCGCAGUUAGCAGUGGAGAUGGCGCUGGACUGACGGACCCAGCAGAACUAGAGUCACCACCAUCGUCACCUCGGUCACGACCUUCGUCACUUUCAUCACCAGCAAGUAGCCUGGAUGCUGACUAUGACGCUGCUGCGCUGACCCCUCGACCGACGGGCGAUGCCGGACCAGCGCCGUCAGCGUCAUCUGCGUCACAACGUCCGUCUGGUACUCUGAAGCUUGAGUUGAUGAAUCAACGAUCCUGAGCCUUCGCCACUCUUAAGCUUCUACUUCUUAAUCGAUUCCUCUAGCUUCUGAAUCCUGCAUUAGUAGUAUGUCCCUAUCUCACUUACCCACUCACGUAAGUGAACGCUUAAUAUGAAGGACAGAGCUCGAAACUUGUACGGAACGCCUCAGGUAGUGUCGAUGGCGAAGCAGGAUCAGCGCUACGAAGCAAGGAGAUGGAAGAUCCGCCACACGCUUAUGGCCUCUCCAGUCUGGUUUUAGUUACUGAGGCAGUGCGCUGGCGAUGAUCUUUCGAGCAAGAGCUUAGAAAAUGUGGCCUCUCUCGGAAUCUUUAGACGCAAUGUUUUUAGAUUUUUCCCAUUUAGUGGGCCUCCCUUGGAUUCUCUCUAACAAUCUGCCGCUACGGGGUCAGAUGACCGACAGGGGGAGAGCGUGCAAGUACUACGAGGACCAGACCCCGCACCACCAAAAACGGAAGAAAAAGCAAAACCAAAGGGGCCACCACCACCGAGGGCUGACAAUUCGAAGCCGGGGCCAGACGCUUAUGGCCUCCCCAAUUUUGCUUUAGUUACUGAGGCGGGGCGUCGUCGAUGACCUUUCGCGCAAGAGCUUAGAAAAUGUGGCCUCUCUUCGAAUCUUUGGACGCAAUGUUUUUAGAUUUUUCACAUUUAGUUGGCUUCCCUUUGAUUCUCUCUAACAAUCUAGCGCCAGCCGGACAAAUGUCGAACCAAAGCCAAAGGAACGCCGAGCAGUAGCAAGUCACCUACCAUUACCCCCACCCCCACCACGAAAGCCUGCCGCGAAAGCUGGUACUCUAAAGUUUAGAUAGAGUACUCGACGUUCCUGAUUCUAAUAACCUCGCUGAGCCCUCUUACUUAGUCACUCUCAAACUUCCACUUCUUAAACCUGCGCGAUUCCGCGACCUUCUGAAGCCUGCGCGGCGUACGUCUCUACCUCAUAACUUACCUACCCAGGUGGCGCAGCAGAAUCUUGGGCGAGGUAUGGGCCCGGGAGCUACCAGAACAUCCGGGGCCUUCUGGCUCAGAACGAGGAUAAGAUACGCGCGCGCGCUGGCCGUGGCCUCAGUGGCGGAGUCAUCCUUCCUAACGUCGUACAGGGCUUGCAGACUUAUGGCGCCAUUGAUUGAGAGCAGAGCUGGGGGACUGUCGGCCGGCACUUGUGCAAGGGUUCAGGAAUGCAGGAAUGUCCUGACACGGCACUCCCCUAGGAACAUUCUCAAGCAGUGGCGCCUGCCAUAGACGCUUGCUCGACAGAUGCAACCUCCCGGCAGCCAAAGUGUGUAACGCGUGGGAUUAUAGCAUCCUUCGUUCGGGGCCGCCUUACGAGGCGCUGCGGGUUUUCCAGCGUAGCACGACAGCACUGGACGCUGAUGCUUAAGGCUACCAGCCUCUAGCCCAUCUGCGUCGAGGUCCCUCAAGUGAUGCGCGCGCUCAAAUAUAGGGGAGACGCUGAGGCAUAUACUAGAGGGAUCGCAACAGAGACGAGCCCCCCGGGAUGGCUCUAAUCAGGAAAAGCGCGACUCACGCACUACGAGAAGGACGCGAGGCUGGUGGACAGCAGCAGCAAUGUCUGGACGAACGUGCUACAGCUACAGCCCGAGUCGGCGCGCGGCGAAAUUCUGGAGUUGGUAUACGGCAGAAGAGAUUCUCUGGAUGGCGGCAAGCGCGCGGGCAUGCCAGGAUUCUUCGAGGACAGGCUGCUGGCGCUUCUUUCCCAUGCAGGAGCAUCGACACACGACACGCAGCCCCCAUGGGCGGGGGAGGGCGUGGAACUGUUUGUCUAAUCGGUGACUGAUACUCCAGCGCUUUGCUGAGAUCUGAGACCGGGGAGAGUAAUCCAUCACUCUUGUACAGAUUUCAAACGACAUGAAGAAGCUCCGUUACUCAUGUGCAGCCGUUUUUUUUCUUGUGGCUGUUGAAGCUGAUAUCCUGGAUAGAAAGAAGAGGAAUGACGCAACGACAACGGCGCCCAUAAUCGUGACAAUUUCGGUGACCGUUGGAAAAUGAACCAAGUGAAGGCGCGCCCCUCGUCUCUGGAUCCAAAUAAGUCACCCACGAAAGUGGCCAGCUUCGUUCUGAAGGGUUCGAAGAUAAGUGGG